AUGGAUCCUGGCCAACUCACUGCAUUUUUAUCAUCAUCAUCAUCAUCAUCAUCAUCAUCAUCAUCAUCAUCAUCAUCAUCAUCAUCAUCAUCAUCAUCAUCAUCAUCAUCAUCAUCAUCAUCAUCAUCAUCAUCAUCAUCAUCAUCAUCAUCAUCAUCAUCAUCAUCAUCAUCAUCAUCAUCAUCAUCAUCAUCAUCAUCAUCAUCAUCAUCAUCAUCAUCAUCAUCAUCAUCAUCAUCAUCAUCAUCAUCAUCAUCAUCAUCAUCAUCAUCAUCAUCAUCAUCAUCAUCAUCAUCAUCAUCAUCAUCAUCAUCAUCAUCAUCAUCAUCAUCAUCAUCAUCAUCAUCAUCAUCAUCAUCAUCAUCAUCAUCAUCAUCAUCAUCAUCAUCAUCAUCAUCAUCAUCAUCAUCAUCAUCAUCAUCAUCAUCAUCAUCAUCAUCAUCAUCAUCAUCAUCAUCAUCAUCAUCAUCAUCAUCAUCAUCAUCAUCAUCAUCAUCAUCAUCAUCAUCAUCAUCAUCAUCAUCAUCAUCAUCAUCAUCAUCAUCAUCAUCAUCAUCAUCAUCAUCAUCAUCAUCAUCAUCAUCAUCAUCAUCAUCAUCAUCAUCAUCAUCAUCAUCAUCAUCAUCAUCAUCAUCAUCAUCAUCAUCAUCAUCAUCAUCAUCAUCAUCAUCAUCAUCAUCAUCAUCAUCAUCAUCAUCAUCAUCAUCAUCAUCAUCAUCAUCAUCAUCAUCAUCAUCAUCAUCAUCAUCAUCAUCAUCAUCAUCAUCAUCAUCAUCAUCAUCAUCAUCAUCAUCAUCAUCAUCAUCAUCAUCAUCAUCAUCAUCAUCAUCAUCAUCAUCAUCAUCAUCAUCAUCAUCAUCAUCAUCAUCAUCAUCAUCAUCAUCAUCAUCAUCAUCAUCAUCAUCAUCAUCAUCAUCAUCAUCAUCAUCAUCAUCAUCAUCAUCAUCAUCAUCAUCAUCAUCAUCAUCAUCAUCAUCAUCAUCAUCAUCAUCAUCAUCAUCAUCAUCAUCAUCAUCAUCAUCAUCAUCAUCAUCAUCAUCAUCAUCAUCAUCAUCAUCAUCAUCAUCAUCAUCAUCAUCAUCAUCAUCAUCAUCAUCAUCAUCAUCAUAG